UUCUGUUCUAAACAUGCGUAGGAUUUGCUUUAAGACAACGCUAACGUACCGCCGUAUGGCAGUACUUCUCGCUGCCUGUAUCACAUCAUAAUUCUCUGUUUUCAUCAGUUUCGGAGCCCAGGAAGAGUAAAAUAAGAACCCCAUCAGCAUCAUCAAUGAUGGACAACAGUUGUUGAGUUCAGGAUGAAUGAAAUGAACCUGAGUCCAGUGGGCAUGGACCAGCUCAGUGUGCCCUCAGUGAGUGCCAGCCACCUGGGUCUGCCCACCUCCCCUACACACAACCCCAUCCCCACCCCAGGCAUGCCGGUGGCCAUCCCCAGCCUGGGUCCUUCCCUGGGCUCCCUUCCCUCUGCCCUCUCGCUGAUGCUCCCCAUGGGUCCACUGAGUGACAGAGGAGUGAUGUGUGGCCUGCCAGAGAGGAACUACUCUUUGCCGCCUCCUCCUUACCCCCACCUGGAGAGCAGCUACUUCCGACACAUAUUGCCAGGUAUCCUGUCCUAUCUGGCGGACCGUCCACCACCUCAGUACAUUCAUCCCAGCAGCCUUAAUAUGGAUGGUACCCUAUCUGUUGCCAGCAAUAAUCCCUCAGGUCUGGACCCCUACAGUGGCCCUGGAGGCCCACUGGAGCAAGGCUUGGUUCCCAUGGACUCAAGACAGGUCAGUGCCCAGGGAGACCUCCACCAGACUGGCGCCCAUGAGCUGGACUCAACAGGGUUGGCCAUGGAGUCUCGCGUCAGCAGCCCCAUGUCUCCUGACCGGAUGGGAGAGGAGCUUGCAAACAUUGAUGGGGUCGGGGUUGUGACGGUGUCUGACACCCAGCAGCAGCUUGGAGGGGGCAGGCAGCCUCAGCCUCACGAGGGUCUGACUGGGGUGGACUCCUCUGGUGGCGUGAUGCCCCUCCAUGGGCCCCCUGUGCUUGAACUUCCGGUGGUGAUGGAGACGGAUCACAUGGGGGGCCGAGUGGGGAACGGUGGGGGUGGAGGAGGUGGAGCAGGAGGACUUGGGGAGCAGCUCCACACAAAUGGAGAGCUGAACUCAGGGGUUGUGAGCGUGGUGCUAACGGGCUCCAUGGCCAGCCAGGGCCAGCUGGAGCCAGUGUCGCUCCAUGGACACUCUGGGAUGGGGCUGGAGGCUGUGAAUGUGUCUCCAAUCACUGCGGAAGUGUCGCUGGGGCCAGAGAACAACCUGGUGCUGGUGAACUCAACACUACAGCUAGAGGACUCUGCUGCUAACAAGGAGAACAUGGUCACUGCCUACACCAUCUGGUGCACACUAUGCGAGCGCUCAUAUACCUCAGACUGCCCAGAGCAUGGCCCGGUCACCUUCAUCCCUGACUCUCCCAUCCAAAGCCGAGCUCGCCUCUCUCUGCCGCGUGCACUGUGUCUACGCAUCUCGGUAGCUGACGAACCUCUGGGAGUUUUUGCACGGGACAUUAUACCUCCAAGGACCUGCUUUGGACCAAUGGUAGGCCAGCACUGUAGCAAUGUGGACCUCUCUGAUUGGCCAGAAAAGGACUCUCCACAAGUAUGGAAGAUGUACCACAACAACGUGCUGGAAUUCUACAUCGUUACUACAGAUGAAAACGAGUGCAACUGGAUGAUGUUCGUCUGCAAAGCAAGGACCCGUGAGGAGCAGAAUCUGGUGGCCUACUCUGCCAACGGUAAACUGUUCUUCUGUACAACCAGAGAGAUCCACCCAGACCAGGAGCUGCUCUUCUACUACAGCAGAGACUACUGCAGGCUGCUGGGUGUUCCUCAGGUGCCCGAGGGCCACAUCUGCCAGUGUGGCAAAGAGUGCUCCUCCUUCUCUGAGUUGAAGUCUCAUCUGAGCAGCCACAACUCCAACCACAGCCAAAACCAGCCUCCACACAGCCACAGCCCGUCCCAGCAGGACCACUCUCAGCAACAACAACCACAACAACAAGAGCAACAAUCACAGCAACACAGCCACCAGGAAGAGAAGCUGACGAAUGGGACGUCGAGCUCCUCCUCGUCCCCGUGGCCCUGCCACACUGCCCACGCUGCAGGACAAACAAACACUGAAAACAGCAGCAGGGGUGACGGUAUCAGGAACUCUGAUGCUAUUACACCCAGAGUGAAAGGCCAGAGUCAUGCGAGGGAGAAGAAAUUCAAGUGCAGCAUGUGUUCCAGAGCUUUUAUCACAUCCACGAAGCUCAACGUGCACUUCAUGGGGCACGUGGGGAUGAAACCGCACAAGUGUGAAUAUUGUAGUAAGGCCUUCAGUGACCCCAGCAACCUCAGGAUGCACCUAAAGAUCCACACAGGUCAAAAGAACUACAGAUGCACAGUGUGUGAGAAGUCAUUUACCCAGAAGGCCCAUGUGGCAUCACAUAUGCUCAUCCACACCGGAGCAGAGAAGCACGAGUGUGACCUCUGUGAACGAGCCUUCAUCCGGAAACACGACCUGAAACAACACAUGUUCUCUCACACGCAUGAACGCCGGAUACAGUGCCCAAAGUGCCACAAACAUUUCCUCAAGACCAACCACCUGAAGAAACACAUGAACUCUCACGAGGGCCGCAGAGACUUUGUCUGUGAGAAAUGCCACAAAGCGUUCCUCACCAAAUACCACCUCACCCGCCACCUUAAGAUCUGCAAAGGGCCCAAGGCGGAGAGAGCGUCCCGGAAGGAGCAGGACGUGGAUGAGGAAGAAGAUGAAGAGGAGGACGAGGAGGAGGAUGCUAGAGAAAGAGGAGAGAGACUGGUUGACUCAGCCAGUAAUGAAGACUGUGGAUUAGACGUUGGAGGAUAUGACUCUGAAAAGUCCCCAUCGCCCCCUCAUUGAUAACACUGUGCCUCUUAUUAAGUUGUCUUGUUUAUUUAUUUACUUUAUGAUCAUUUGAUGGUUUCUGCCAAAUCCAGGUCAUUUUCUUACUUCAAUUUUUGACUUAUACAACAUCAAAUAAACAUAUGUUUUGUCUCUCAUCGAGGAUGUAAUCGCUGCUAAAAUAAUCUUUGCCAACUGAUAAAGAUCUCUUUGUAUUUA